AUGGCUUCAACAACGUUAAUGACAUUUCUCCUAUAUACUAAUCCCCAGGUCAAGUCUGUCAAACUGCUAGGCUCAUGGGACAACUUCACCAAGUCGUAUCCUAUGGAGCAUGACAGGCGUGUUGGUCCGGGCCAUUGGAGGGGAUGCCAUAGUUUUACCAGCAUAAUAUGUGAUGGGACGCCGAAGAAUAUGGGUUCAUCUCGCUCCGGUGGGCUCAAAAUGGGCGGCACAUAUUGGUAUUAUUACUUGCUGGACGAUGAUGUGGAGCACUAUAAUCAUGCAGAACCAUUCACCUCGCAUUGUCCUCUUCUUCCAGGCCAGCCUGUCAAUGUUCUUCAUGUUCCUAUCAUUUUGCCGGAUACACGUCCGAUUCAUUUCUGUGAUGGAAGCCCAAGCCCGCAACAAACAGAAGAGCGGACUAUGAACCCUGAUGAUAAAUAUAUGAACCCCCGAAACCCCCCCAAACCAGCGCUUCCACGCCUCCGUACAUCUCCUCCACUGCUACAACAACCAACUCCGGCUUGGUCUUUCAGCACCUCCCCUUUAGGUUUAUUAACCAACAGGGGCGCUUCUCAGCCUAAUAGUGCGACGCCUAAGGCUACAAUUCAGCAUGGUCACAGAGCGCCAGGUAGCAAAACUGCUCGAUCAGUCUCUCCUCCAAGAUCAAGGGGCCUUCGAGCUGCCUUCCGACAAUGGAAUGCAUCCUCGCCUGAUCUCAACGUGGCAGAUAAUCAGAAUAAUGAUUCUAUAAAGCCCAGACCGGCCUUCAAGCCUGCCAUGGAGCGUACUGAAAGCCUCAAACCCCCUCAAAACACGUUGAAGGAUCACCAUGCGGAUCAGACGGGCCAUAGGUCGAAGGAGACCCUACUACCCCGGCGGCCUGCAUCUUCCGUACAUCCCCUGAAUACGGUGCUAUCUAUCCAGGAUCGGCGUGCCCUAAAUCCCAAAAUCACGGAACAUGCGACUCCCAGAACUCCUUUGACUCUUCAAACAAACCAUGAGAUGAAUGCCACUAGAAAUCGUGACCUAGAGAGGGCCCAUCCACAUGCCCCUCAAGAUUCUGUCACUUCGGUGGAUUCCAUCUCCUUGCUCACGACUACCUUGCCAGUGGCAGUUGAAGAUGCUGUAACCCCUACGCCAUUCACCUCCACAGAAAAGAGGCUCCCCACUCUACCGAAUACUCCUUCGUCAGUCAUGGACGAGGCACUGCGUGAUCUCGAAGCUCGAGAAAAGGAGCUCGAUGCGGAAAAUCUUGGCAGUCAUUUCUCUGACUUCAGUACGACGGAGUCCACGAGCAGCUCUCCAUGCGAGAGGAGCCACUUUUCCAAAUGGAGUACAGAUACAGAGGUGGUGUCCCCUGAGUCCAUGACGCCUUCGCUUCCUUUCAACAAUGGUACCCAAACUUUUUCUGCUCUUGAAGGGAUGAGUUUUGCCGAACUGUGGAAGAGCUCUGUUCCUGCUGAAACAAGUGAUCCAAAUACUCCACAACUUACUGUUAAUUCAAGAUCUUCCCCCACCACACUCAGUGGUGACUCACCUCUCCUCGAUCUGCCGCCUCCUCGUCUUACUGUCUCUUUAUCCCCCUCCGAUAUGGAUUUUUCUGGUCUUUGUAUCAGUGAUUCUGAUGAGGUCGAAAGAGAUCCCAAGCGCCAUGCAGCAUUCUUUGGGGGAAUAGAAGGACUUGGGCUUCUCCAAAGCCCCGAACCCUCUACUGUGCAGUUUGCAGGAAACGUCCGAGAUGAUACGGAAACGAUACAUAACGAGAAGGGUGCUAUGCUCAGUAAUGGCCGCUUCAGCAUUAGCUCGCUGCCAGGGCAGUCUGCAGCAAUGCAAGAAAUGAUGGACGAGUUGAGUUAUCUCAAAUCAAUGAUUCAAUCUUAG